CUGAGCCAGCCCCCAGCUCACAUUACACACUACUGUAUUUAUAACCUCUCGAAGCUGUUUCCCCCUUCAAGCAGUUCUCUGGGACCACCUUCUAUUGGCUUCAACCUCUCCCACUUCUUUGACAUCUGAGCAGCUCUGAGAACGGCUCAUCUAGGUCCGAGUGUUUAUGCAGCGGAGACUGGCCACUAGGGCUAAAGACCUGGAUUAUUUGAGCUCAGCUGCCUGCUGCAGAGUCUGUCGGUGCCGUUUUGGAAAAAAAAAAUCCCAGCCCCGAUCUGUUUACUGUGAAAGUUGACAAAGGGUGGUGAAGUUGGAUCUUUCCUAAACUCUCCUGCCUGGAACCUGAGACUUGCAUGCCAUGGAUCACACACUCUUUGGCUGCCUGCGCAGCCCCCAUGCCACUGCGCAGAGCUUGCACCCUUUCUCCCAGUCUUCUCUUGCCCUGCAUGGAAGAUCUGACCACAUGUCCUACCCUGAUCUGUCUUCUUCUUCUUCCUCUUGCAUAAUAGCGGGAUACCCCAAUGAGGAGGGCAUGUUUGCCAGCCAACAUCAUAGGGGGCACCAUCACCAUCACCAUCACCACCACCACCAUCACCAGCAACAGCAGCACCAGGCUUUGCAGACGAACUGGCACAUUCCUCAGAUGUCGUCUCCUCCCGCCGCGGCCAGGCACAGCCUCUGCCUUCAGCCUGACUCAGGAGGACCCCCGGAGCUGGGCAGCAGCCCCCCUGUCCUGUGUUCGAACUCUUCCAGCCUGGGCACCAACACCCCCACGGGGGCAGCGUGUGCGCCAGGGGACUAUGGCAGGCAGGCUCUGUCCCCGGUGGAAACAGAGAAGAGGUCCGGCAAAAGGAAAAGCGACAGCUCAGAUUCCCAAGAAGGAAACUACAAGACAGAGGUCAACAGUAAACCCAGGAAGGAAAGGACAGCUUUCACCAAGGAGCAAAUCAGAGAGCUAGAAGCAGAAUUCGCUCACCAUAACUAUUUGACCAGGCUGAGACGAUAUGAGAUAGCAGUAAACCUUGACCUCACUGAAAGACAGGUAAAAGUUUGGUUCCAGAACAGACGGAUGAAGUGGAAGCGUGUAAAAGGGGGCCAGCAAGGGGCAGCAGCCCGGGAGAAGGAACUGGUGAACGUGAAAAAGGGCACGCUGCUCCCCUCGGAGCUGUCCGGCAUCGGCGCCGCCGGGCUCCAGCACACCGGGGACUCACUAGCCAACGACGACAGCCACGACAGCGACCACAGCUCUGAGCACGCACACUUAUGAUACACACAGAGUGUCCCAGCCCCCUUCUCAGGAAAGAUGCUUUGCUGGCAAGCCUUACACAGGCAUCGUUUACUUAUGCAAGUGACUCUGGCAGUGAUCUUUAAAGUUGUUAUGGAAAAUUCAGGCUUAUUGUGUCUGCUUUUUUCAAUUCUUAGAUGGUUUACAGUAAGUGCCAUGUCUUAAAGGUGCCUCAAGAGUGGAGAAGCGGAAGACAAACUUACUUUGAACAUUCCAGAUUUGUUUGUCGUUUUUUAUGACAGCGGGCAGGUAUUUUUGCUUAAGCUUGCACUGAAAAUUACAUUGCUCUCAAAAGACGUUAUAUUCUGAAAACCACAGUGCCACAAAAUCACUAUCUAGUGGAUAAGAAAUGUAUUUUAACUCUGUAUAUAUUUACCUUACAGCAUUUUCCUGUCUUCACUAAUUUUUAGCAAUGCAUUCAUAUUAGCUGAUGGCAAUAGUCACUCAUGACAAUAAAUGGCUUUCUGUCUCUA